UUGCUAAAUAAGAUUUUCUAAUGAUAAACAAUGCGGAAGAUUAUGGAAAUCUUCAUUAUGCAUCUUCUCCCUUUAAGCUGAGUUAGCUACUUUUACAUAGCUUCAGCGUGUGGUGGUUUGUGAGCUGCUUUUGAUACUGUAGGAGAGUAAACUGUGUUACUGACACAUUGGGAGAGAGAGAGAGAGACAGUACAAGCUCUGUUUGUGUCUGUGACAUUCAGCGCACUGCCGUGUAGUGGCUGCACCGCCGGCAUGGAUCCGUUGGGAGCCCGUUCCCAGAUCGUGGACGUUCAAACCCUGCCCACUUGGGAUGAGUCGGCGGGUACGGAGAGACAGGGAGAGGGAAAGGUUCGCCUGAAGGAACGGAGUGACAGUCUGUCCAGCCAGCAACAUUCAAUCUCCUCCCCUUUCCCUUACAGAGAAGACAUCAAUAGAAAGAUCGUUCUCUUUAAUGGGGAUGUGGCGCUUUUAAACUGCACGGCCAUUGUCAGCACGAGCAACGAAACGUUAACAGACAAGAACCCUGUCUCAGACAGCAUCCACAUCCACGCAGGGCCUGAGCUCAGGGAGGAACUACUCAAACUGAAAGGUUGUCGGACAGGCGAGGCAAAGAUGACAAAAGGCUUUAACUUAGCUGCGUGCUUCAUCAUUCACACAGUGGGACCGAAAUACAAAGCCAAGUACCGCACAGCUGCCGAGAGUUCCCUCUACAGCUGCUAUAGAAACGUCAUGCAGCUGGCCAGGGAGCAGGCCAUGCUGUCUGUAGGACUAUGUGUGAUCAGCACAGCCAAACGAGGAUACCCACUCGAAGACGCCACUCACAUAGCCCUAAGAACGGUGCGCAGGUUUCUGGAGAAUCAUGGCGAAAGCAUCGAGACUGUGGUCUUCGUGGUGUCAGAUGUGGAGGAGCCCGUCUACAGGAAGUUGUUGCCGUUGUAUUACCCGCGCUCCGAGGAAGAGGAGAGGGCCGCUCUUCCCCUCAUCCCCGCGGACAUCGGGAACGCCGAGGGAGAGCCGGUGGUUCCGGAAAGACAGAUCCGCAUCGCAGAGAAACCGGGCAAUUUGGAGGAUAACUCUGAGGAGGAGUCUUUGGAGUCAGACCUGGGCCAGGUGGGCACUCACGCCUUUGCUCGUAUGGAAGGCGACGUGGACAAGCAGCGUAAACUCAUCCUGCAAGGCCAGCUGUCGGAGGCUGCGCUGCAGAAACAGCACCAGAGGAACUAUAACCGCUGGCUGUGUCGAGCCCGGGCAGAGGACCUGUCGGACAUAGCGGCUCUAAAAGCGUUGUAUCAGACGGGUGUGGACAGGUGUGGUAGAACAGUCAUGGUGGUGGUUGGCAGGAAUAUCCCGAUACCUUUCAUUGACAUGGAAAAGGUGCUGUUGUACUUCAUCCAUGUCAUGGACCACAUCACGGUGAAGGAGUACGUCAUGGUGUAUUUUCACACCCUGACUGCAGAACACAACCACCUGGACAGCGACUUUCUGAAGAAACUCUACGACAUUGUGGAUGCAAAAUUCAAGAAAAACCUGAAGGCUUUCUACUUUGUCCAUCCCACAUUUCGCUCCAAGGUGUCCACCUGGUUCUUUACCACGUUCAGUGUGUCUGGACUGAAGGAGAAGAUCCAUCACGUGGAGAAUCUCCAGCAGCUCUUCACGUGUGUCCUACCUGAGCAGAUCGACAUUCCUCCGUUUGUUCUGGAAUACGACGCACGAGUUAAUGGGCCUUACCAAAGCUCUCACUCUUCGAGCCUUUAGGUUACAUCCAGUUAACCCUGCUGCUGAGGUCAGAGGUCAAGGUCCCUUCAAGAAUUCACAAGAAUGUCUCUCCAAAUGAGAGUUUUAUCAACUCCACAUGACUGGUUAACGGUAUGACCAGAACAUGAGCAAACACGGUGAAAACAGUCUAUAGAGAAAUCGGUUUGGCUGAGGUCAUGCUGCUGGUCUGGAUGGAAUCUCCCAACCUCCUGCUUUGAGACGCGUCACUGGGAUAUCCUAAACUCUCUCAAACAUGCUGUGUGUGUGUGUGAGUCUGCGUGUGUGUGUGUCUGUGCAUGUUUGCGCGCGCGCGCGUGUGUGUGUGAGAGAGUCUGCAUGUGUGUGUUUGCGUAUGUGUGUGGGUGUGUGUCUCGUUGACUGAAAGAUGAUAGUACACCAGGACUAUGUGACUCAGUGGUUUUUUCUGUCCACCUCAGCUGUGAUGGUAUGCUGUUUAUUUGGUGUGUCGUUUUAUGGUUUGUAUCUCUGAGGGGCCUACACAUUCAGUCGUUUCAUUGUUUGACACCGAGGUAUAAAUCAAUG